CGCAGGAAAGGCGCUCGGCCCCGGCUUUCCCUUUUCCCGCCGUUUCGCGCGGAGCUGCCGGGAGCCAACCAGGUAACGGCGCGCGCUCUCCUCACCGCCGCCGCCUGGUAACGGCCGCGAGCGUGCGGCUCCCGCUCCGCUCCGGGGACGGGCUCCGCCACAGCUCCCCGCCGCCAGCGGGGCCGCCCUCCCGGGCCCGAGUCCCCUUGGGUUCCCGCGGGGCACGUUGCAAGCACUGGCCUUCCUUCCGCCGAGAGCCCCCGGCGGGGGAGCGGGCCGCGCUUGCCCGCUCUCUCCGUUUCGGAGGCUCCGGCCGGCCUUGGGCCGGUCGGGAGAAGGGGCGUGUGGGACAUGCCCGACCCCUCCCUUGCCGUCCAGACUCCUGGGCGUGACCAAGCCUGGCGGGAAACUGGGGCGGCUGAGGCGCGUGUGAUGGCUCCCGGCCGGCAAGCUCUCAGGCGCUGGUCAUGGCAGGAUUUCUCAGAGCACCCCGGCAUGUCUUACGAGCAUACACCUGUCUUCAGAAACAGUUUCUUAAGUAUGUAAUUUAAAACUUAAACUGUGAGAGUGAGCCAGUUCUGCAAAUAAGUCAAAGAAGUUAGGAGCAGAAAAAGGCAAGAUGAAUGCAUCUGGAGGAAGCUGUGGGAGCCCUAGUUCUGCAGAACCUACAGGAGAUUUCUUCAAGGAAUUGUGGUCCAAACUGAAAGAAUGUCAUGAUAAAGAAGUACAAGGCUUACAGCUGAAAAUAUCUAAGUUGAAAAAGGAAAGAUGCUUGGAUGCAGAGAGGCUUGAAGAGUUUUAUACCAAGAACCAACAGCUCAGAGAACAGCAAAAAGCACUUCAUGACACUAUCAAGGUUUUAGAAGACAGAUUAAGAGCAGGAUUAUGUGAUCGUUGUGCUGUAACCGAAGAACAUAUGAGAAAGAAGCAGCAAGAGUUUGAAAAUAUCCGGCAGCAGAAUCUUAAACUUAUCACUGAGCUUAUGAAUGAAAAAAACAACUUGCAGGAUGAAAAUAAAAAGAUAACUGAACAGUUUCAGCAAUUACAGAAGGAGUUGGAGGAGCAAAAGCAACAAGCAGUGGAAUUAGAAGAAGGAGUCAUUCCAGAUUCUCCAAUUCUGACUUCUUCAUUUUCUGUGGUUAAUCGUCUGAGAAGAAAAAAAGAGAAUAGGCAUAUCCGAUACACAGAACAUACACACCCAGAUUUGGAACUUGCGGAAAGCAACAGUGACUUUGGAAAAAUUCCACUGUAUUCCACACAAGUGAACAGUCACCACGGAGAAGAUAUACUAGUGGCAGACACCUGUGAUCCACAACUGUCCCCUGUACCAAAUAAACCAAGGAUGGGAGGCUAUCCUGUUCCAAAGCCAUCUUUUAACUUGGCUGCAGUCGUGGCAGAAACAAUUGGACUUUCUGUUCAAGAGGAAUCUGAGUCCCAGAGUGUACUGAGUCCUCCCCGUACCAAUACUGUUAUGAGCCAGGCCCCAGAGAGCAUGCAGUCUGAAGACUCAAGAAAACAUCCAGCUUCUGAAUCAAGAAAUGAUGACAACAAUUUAGGUCUUUCAGAUCCAUCUCGGAACACUCCACCACAUGUUGACUGGGAUUCUAGGGUAGCUUCUCCCAUUUUUGGAGCUUCUAGCAGUAUGAAGAACAACUCAAGUACAAGUCAUGCCCCUUGUAUUUUAGAUUCAGGAUUGAAGCCUAAUCUCAAAACUAACCUCUUCAACAAUCCUUCCAGUUCCAGAUCUCAUAAAAGUAGAUCAAAAUCUGAAGAUGUUGCUUUUGUUGCACCACUGAAUCUUGGAACGGAAAUCAACUCAGUUAUUAGCCAGGCCUCUAUCAAUAGGCAAAUGGUUGUGAAAAAGAAUACUAAUGAGGCUGUAACCUGUGUUGGAAACACUUGUGCAGCUAAAAAUGAUGUGAUCAAGAGUGAUUUCCUUCUCGUACACCAGAAGCAGCUAGAAGGCAGGUGUGCUAAGAGAAAGAAAGCUGAAGAUGAGCAUGCAAUUAGCUGUGAAAAAACAUCCUUCAACAAAGAGAACUCAAUGCCAUUUCGAUCAGAUGUUCAGCAUAUUAAUGGGGAGCAUACAGUUGAUAAGCCCUUGGAUCUGUCUGAUCGCUUCUCUGGAGUUCGUUGUCAAGAGAAAAAACAAGGAAGUGAGGAGACCUGUAAAAAUAGACUGAAACAGGUGACACUGCAUGACAUUUUUUCACAGCUAGGGAAGCCCAUUCCUGAAAGUUCAUCAUCCAUUCAAAAUGCCAACAAUGAGAGCUGUUUGUUUGGCAGAGAUUUACAAGAGGAAUCCUAUGUACAAGAGGCAAUGCUGGGAAAAACAUUCCCAGAUAAGAAAAACCAUAUCCAAAUGAAAGAAGAAGUUCCUCCCUUCAAAAUUGCACCACUACCAAGUUCUGCAGAGACAGAGCAACUUUUUGAUGAUGUGAAGGUUGCCAGUGGCCAUGUACCAAAUAGAAAGAAAACAAGGACAGGACAUGGAGAGUCUGAACCAGCAUCUGUACUUCAACCAAACCCUUGCAGACUAUCAAAAAAUAAAGCACUGCAAAAUGAGCAAGAACUGAAAGAUAAACCUUUAGAAAACCUUCAGUGGAGUAUAGACCCAGGAGCUGACCUUUCACAGUACAAAAUGGACAUUACUGUGAUUGAUACAAAGGGUGGUUCUCAGUCAAGAGUUGGAGGAGAAGCUGUUGAUACAGAUUAUACAUAUGUUGGUGAAAGUGUGCUAUUAAAAAUGAAAAAUCAAGAGCAAAAUCAGGAAAGCAGUCCAAGAGGAGAAAAAACAAUUAAUGAUACCUUAACAGAGAUGUUUGAUCGGACAACCCAUGAAGAAUAUGAAUCCUGCCUACCAGAAGAUAGUCCUUCUGCAUGUGCUGAAAAAGAAACUCUUCAUGAUGAAGAGCAGGAUAAGGGAAUAACAGCAGCAAGCAAGAAACUAAAGAAACAUGAGGAUAAACAAGAUAAAGCCAAGCAGAAGGCUUUUGUGGAGCCAUAUUUCAAAAGUGAUGAAAGAAAGAGUACUGUGUUAGAUUUUCCUCAUAUUGAGGUUAUUCGAAAAAAAGAAGAAAGAAGAAAAUUGCCUGGCCAUACUUGUAAGGAAUGUGAAAUAUAUUAUGCAGACAUUCCAGAAGAAGAGCGAGAAAAGAAACUAGCUUCCUGUUCAAGACACAGAUUUCGCUACAUUCCUCCAAAGACUCCUGAAAAUUUCUGGGAAGUUGGAUUUCCUUCCACCCAAACUUGUGUGGAAAGAGAUUUUUCUUAUUCUUCUAAGGAUAUAUUAAAGAGGAUCUUGCUCCCUGUCAGCGUCCAAAAAGACGGCAGCCUUAUGCCGUAAUGUUUUCUCCAAAAGGCAAAGAGCAGAAGACAUAAAGGAUGGGGAAGUAAGGCACACCAACUUGAAGAGUAUCUUUCCUGUUCUUAGAUAUUUAUAGUUAAUAUAAACUUGAAAUAAAGAACUGUGUUUUCCACAAUGAUAGAUAGUUUCAUUAAAUAUGUAAAUUUUAUAAAAUUCAUUUGAAAAUCUGAUGUACCAGGAAACAAAACUAUUUAAUGUAUGUUUGUUUCAUAUUGUGUUAAUACAUUUUGUAUUAAUUUUUGCACCUGUCAGACAAUGAGUCUCCCAUUUUUUUCUUUGAAGUCAACAGCUAAAAUUCCAGCAAAUCCUGUCUAAACUUUGUGUUGGUGAGUAACUGCUUUGAAGUCACUGAAAUCAGUUGUUCUUGCAAGGUCUAAAUGUCUGUCAAUGGGAACAGAAAUGCAGAUUUUGUAGGGUGCUUUUAUUUUGCACUGGAUUUUUUUAUAUAGCCUUUCUCUUUUGGCAAUAAUAGUUAUAUCUAAUUGUAAUAAAGCUGUAUUAAAUAUGAAA